GGAAAAUGACGGCACUGAAAAGUGUAAAGAAAGUCACUAAAGAGCCCAGAGUACAAGAUGGGAGUCCACAUGUCACAUGGGCCCUGGUUGUGUUCACGUGUGUGCUUGGAGUUUACAUUAAAACUUUACACCCCUCUGUGCCUGGUGGAGAUUCAGGGGAACUGAUCACAGCCGCAUAUGAGCUUGGAGUUGCUCAUCCCCCCGGCUACCCACUGUUUACUCUGCUUGCUAAGGCAGCAAUGGUCUUGGUACCAGUCGGCUCCCUAGCAUAUCGUGUUAAUCUUCUUUGUGGUCUGUUUGGAGCAGCAGCUGCAGCCCUGUUGUUUAGUGCAACAUUCAGGCUCUCUGGCUCAUAUGCGGCAGGAAUCCUUGCUGCAGGGUUAUAUUCAUUUUCACGUCUAACAUGGCAGUGGUCCAUUGCAGCUGAGGUUUUCAGCCUAAACAAUCUGUUUGUGGCGCUGCUCAUAACUCUAACAGUGGAGUUUAAGAAGGCGAAGACUGCAAAAGAUAGAUCAAAGGUUUCUCUGUAUGGCGCUUUCUGCUGCGGAAUUAGCCUGUGUAAUCAGCACACUAUUGUGCUGUACAUUGUGUGCAUAGUACUGUGGGCUCUCUUUCAGCUGGUCUCUCAUAAGGAAUUGUCCUUGAAACAUUUGCUGAAGUUAGCUGCAUGCUUCGCCGUGGGACUCUUACCGUAUUUGUACCUCAUUGUCUCCUCGUACUUCAAUCAAGCACGGUGGACCUGGGGAGACCAGACAUCCAUUCAAGGGCUCCUGACUCAUUUACUUCGAGAGGAGUACGGGACAUUCAGUCUGGCUAAAUCAGAAACAGGAUCUAGUAUGAAAGAAAUGCUGAUGUUCCAAAUAAGUCACAUGUUCACGGAGAUCAGUCCCUUGGCUCCAGGCCUAGCCACUCUAGCACUGAUAUUAUGUUUUAUAACUAGAAGCUCGCACAUGUCAGAGGUCGGUCUUUUUACCGGAAUGCUGCUUGGCUAUUCCUUGUUUUUCUCUUGGAGGGCUAAUUUAGAUAUUGCUAAGCCUCUCUUCCUGGGAGUGGUGGAGAGAUUUUGGAUGCAGAGCAAUAUUGUGGUGUGUGUGUUAGCGGGCCUCGGCCUAGCUUCCUUAACACGCAGCCUUUCUGCGAAGUUGACCAACAAGCACUGGAUUUUCUCCUUAGAAUGGAUUUUCUCUGUUGUCCUAGUUGCUCGUCAGAUAAGUGUGAACUAUAGCCUUUGUGACCAAAGCAGCAAUUAUGUGGUGGACACAUUUGGCAGGAACAUUUUGUCCUCGUUCCCAUUAAAUGCCAUAAUUUUGCUGAGAGGCGAUUUGCCAGGAAACUCAUUGCGUUAUCUUCAUUACUGUGAAGGACUUCGCCCUGACCUAUCCUUAGUGGAUCAAGAGAUGAUGACAUAUGCAUGGUAUGUACCAAAGACUGUAAAACACUUACCAGAUGUUUAUUUUCCUGGCAAUCGAUGGAACCCAGUUGAAACACAACUUUCAGAUGGAACAAUGACUUUCAGCCUUCACCGCUUUCUCAAAGUAAAUGAACACAGGGAAAUAUUUGUAUGUAUUGGAAUAAAUGAGGGUGAUCCGACGUGGAGGAAAAGCUAUUCAUUGUGGCCAUGGGGAUCAUGUGAGAAGUCUGUCCCCAAAAAUACACUUUUCAAUGCAGAAGACUGGAUUGUACUCACCACAAACCUGUAUAACUGGACAGAAGAGUAUGGAAAGUUUGAAUCGUUAUCGUGGGAAGCAGUGGCCAAUGGCGAGAUGUGGGAAGCAAGAGUUAAAACAGCCUUCUUUAUCUUUGAUCUGGCUGAGUCUGCUCAUUUGUCUGCAGCAGUCAAGAAUCAACUCUACUAUUAUUCUUACAAGCUGUACAGAGACGUUAUUAACAAACAAGAGAAUCACCCCAUCACUUGGCACAAAAACUAUGCCAUUGCCUGCGAACGAAUGCUGCGCCAGCAGAGACGCGACAUCAACCCGGAAAUUCUUUUGGAUGAUGCCAUCAAACAUUUUUCUGCAUACGCCAGCAAGGCAAAAGAUGACAAUCAAAGGGAUGCAAUAUUACAUGCUGUUCAAUACUUCAAAGAAGAGCUCCUGCGACUUAAGGAAACUCUGAAAGGAAACACGUAAUGCACCUCUGCAAUGA